AAUUCGACAGGUACACGUCGUCUUUGGCGUUCCGUUAUAUUUGUAGCCGGGAAGAAAUCUGAAUUCCGUGACGAUACCAAAUCAGAUUUGGCCACGGAUCUUUUGUUUUCCCAACCGUUACUUACAACGCUGCAAGAUCAACCAUUAUAGUUUCUGGUGUAGAAGAAAGUGUACACGAAAUAGUUCAUCAACAAACGGAAUUACCUUGCUGUUCAAAGAGGACGGGGGGACCAACAGAGGCUAGGCGUACAAUUUAAGGAACAAAAUAUCCACCCCUGCCAGAUAUUCUACUCUCUAAGCGCACACACAAACAGGAUGGUUGAACGUAGUUUUCUAAAUGGCCGGUUAGUGCUACUAGUGGGCAUAUUCGGGCUGAUACUAUUCCUGCUUCCGCAAACGUAUGCAUUGCGGGAAGGCGAUUGUGAGGUAUGCGUUAAGGCGGUAAACAUGUUUACGGCAACACUUUCGGAAGAAACGAAGAAGGACACCAAGCGGAUAGAGGACGAAUUCAAGGGUUUUUGUAAAAAGGCCAAAAACAAGGAACAACGUUUCUGCUACUACCUUGGAGGGAUGGAAGAUUCUGCCACCGGAAUUCUGGGUGAGCUAUCGAAACCAAUCAGCUGGUCGAUGCCGGCCGAAAAGAUCUGCGAGAAGCUGAAGAAGAAGGAUGCUCAAAUCUGUGAUUUACGAUACGACAAACAAAUCGACCUGACCACGGUCGAUCUGAAGAAGCUUAAGGUACGCGAUCUCAAGAAGAUUCUCUCCGACUGGGAUGAGGAAUGUGACGGGUGCCUGGAAAAGACUGAUUUCAUCAAGCGCAUCGAAGAGCUGAAGCACAAGUACGUGAAAACGGAACUGUAACAACCGUCACCGCCUGCUACGGAUCUCGCGUUUGUUCAAUCGUUGCCUUCGUCAUGUCAUGUCUAUCGGGCCUCUCUGCAUCUGUCACCAUCCGCCUACUAAGUUACGCGCGAGGGACAUUAGCAUCACUUCAAUGGUUAUUUAUUUGUGCGUGUUUUUAAACCACAAGCGUCUUAAGUGGUGAAACCCAAAAGUUGAUGCAAUCUCGCUGUCUGCGGUGCUAAUUUCAUACGUGAAAAGGCAAGCAAUGGUGCAGAAAUUGUAGUGUGACAAAGGAGGUUAGCUGAUGAACAAACGGUGCACACAACACUGCACUUAGGCAACAAAGAAAAUGUGAAGAACAAGACACUAGAAGAGAAAGGAACCCUGAAGGAAAAGUGUUACAAAAUUUCAUGUGUUCGGAUCCGGAAAAAACAAACAACAAAUAAACCGUUCUAA